AUGUCCAAAUCGAGAAGUAAGCGAGCGCCCUGCCCAAAAUCAAUGUGUUACGUCACUAAAAAAUUGGAUACUUCCAUAGCGAUAUUGAGUAGUCCAGAAGAUGAAGUGGUUUUAGAUGCUUUAAGGUAUUUAUCAAAAUUUGCCGACGUCCAAGUUGAAAAUUUAAGUUAUCUCCAAAAGAACGGCGUACUGGAAAAGCUUUUGAAUCUUUUAAAUAGAAACAUUUGCGUCCUGCGACUGGCGUUGAGGCUGCUGGGAGUUCUACUCACAAUCGACGAUACUUUGGUGGAAAUAGAGCAGGGGUUAUACGACGACAAAAUAUUGCAAAUAUCUGAAAUGUUUUUAUCACAUACAGACUAUGUCGUUCAUCAGUUGUGCCUUUCGGUAGUAUCCAAGCUUGUACGAUCAAAGAGAAUACUGUCGCUCAUAUUUAAAAUAGAUUUAUUGUACCACGUAUUGGAUACCAGUCUGUCGACCGAAGAUCCAGAGGUUCUAUCCUGGAAUCUAGAAUUAUUCUUGAUGUUGCUGGAAGUCCCUGUAGCUUUACAUGUUCUACCACAGUUGUACGGCCUUGACCUUUCCUUGUUGCUAAUACAUAUGGAAAAGAUCAACGACGAAAGAAUGGUUAAUUUAAUUUUUAAAGUAAUUUACGAACUAACCCGCCACCGCAUAUACAUCUUUCAGCAGAUGUUUAGGGAAGGAAAACUAGUGGAAAAGAUGCUUGAAGUGAUCAUGAGUCCCAUUGAUCAAGAACACCAUAAACUGGCAUUCGACAUAAUAAUCAACAGCAUGAAAUCUGAAGAAACCAACGACUACUUCGUAGAAACCUUAGAGUUUUUAAAAUUUUGUCAGUGGGUUAAAACUUGCAAAGAAGAUUACCUCUUCCCCAGCAUCUCCAUACUCGAGCAACUAACUAGAACGCCCUCCAAGAGGCAAAUUCUCUUCGAUUUAUCAGUGGAACAAUCGAUUCUCAGCUUCUUCAGGAGCACAGAGAAAAGGGUAUUGAACAAGAUGUGCGAAGCUAUAACUAACAUGAUAGCACACAAGUACUGCUGUGAGGAAAUGCUCACACCUGCCGUAUUGAAGGAGUUGUUUCGUAUCCUUCGAAAGGACAAAGAAGAUCCUUUCAACGAAGCUGCACUGAAAACGAUUUUAGCCUUCACCAGAAGAAAUUUAAAAACAUUAAACAUGAUAUACAAGCUCGGAGCUCAUAAGGUGAUGCUCGGAUUUUUUAAGAAAAACGACAAACUUAUGUGUGAAGACUGUUUCUUGGGAAUAAUGGAAAUAUUAAACAAAUUAUCGAUGCAUCCUCUGUAUCAACAAGACAUUAUAGGUACGAGUUUCGUAGAAAAAUUAUUAACUCUACUUCAGACGGCGCUGCCAAACACUGCAAUAUUUGCAAGUGAACUAAUGUUCAAUAUGGCGGAUUGCGCGGAGUUUCGACGAAUUUUUCUGAUACAGAAUGGCCCAAAAAUCUUUGUAAAUGUAUUGCAGUCGUCUAAGAAUAUAAAGGUGUUAAAAAACAUUUUACUUUUCGUUCAUAGAAUCCUAGUACACGAGGACAUAAUGGCAGGUUUUCUUCGGAAAGGUCUGAUUAAAAUUUUGAAAGAAUUCCCUGAGAUUUUAAAACUACAAAUGCCUAUUUUGGAUAAAAAUUUGAAGUUAAUUUACAAUCAACACCUUUCCAUGAAAUUUUUCUAUACGAAUAAACUGGAUAUUACCGAUAAAUUGCAAGACAAAUUCUAUUUAAUACACGGACACUGGAUGUCAGACUUUCCUUUUUUUGAGGAUUUAGAAACGGUUCCCCUUUCGUCAGUCAACACCAUAUACGUAGUAGACUCUUCAUUUGUAUUAAAAUACGAAGAUGAAUAUUCUGCCGUUUCGAGUAUAUCGCCUAGGAAAAUUUCUUCAGAGAGAGCCAUGUCGACGCUGACUCAAAUCUCUUCUAGUCUAUCGAGUUACUUGAGGCGCAAAUCCUAUCAAAUAGACUACGGAAAAUUAUGUUCAGAUCCCUUUCUGCCCAGAUAUGUCACUAAUGCUAUCAAAUAUCUCGCCCAAGUGGACACGAUGGAAGAAAAAAUUGAAACGCUCGCCAGAUACGUCGAUGCAGUCUUCAGGACGCCUACAGAAGGUUAUACGAAGAUAGAGAAAAUACACACCGUGAAACUGCACGUGGAAAUUUUAAAACACUCGCUGGGCAGCAACCUAAUACCUGUUGGAUUUUUAAGGCUAGGUGAUCACUGCGAGAGGGCGCUUCUAUUCAAAGCGAUGGCCGAUAAAUGCCGUAUUCCCGCCUCUUUGGCGAAAGGCAAGAGUAAAUUGUACUGGAAUGAAGUUAUUUUAUUCGAUCAUGAAUCAGGAGCUAACACGGUCAAAUUUUACGUGGUGGAUCUGAUGACUAACAUUGGUAGUUUGCUGGCGGUGGGGUCGAGAGCCGCCAAUCAAUACUGCGAUAUAACAUCUUGGGAAGAUAAUUUGACCGAAUGGAAUGAGAAGGAUAUUUUGCUCUAG